AUGGAUAAAUUCCCUUCGACGUGUCCGCAUCUGAGCACAGGACCUGCGAAUCAAAUUAUUUCGCUCCUUAUCAAUUACCUCGCAUUGUCGCAAUGUUCACUCUCGGCGCCAGAUACUUGGCCACGAGAUUACGGAGAAAUUGCUUUGCAUAAAGGGUUCGAAGAGUACGACUUUAUCAUUGUUGGCGCAGGAUCUGCAGGAUCAGUCGUUGCGAAUCGCUUAAGUGAGAACCCAAAUUGGAAAAUACUUCUCCUCGAAGCAGGAGGAGAUCCGCCAUUUGAAUCAAUGGUUCCAGGACUGCAAUCGGGGAUGGCCAGGACAGAAUACGAUUGGAUGUUCUCGGUAGAGACAAUUAAUCGAAGUAUUCACUCUGGUUUUUGGCAGAGAGGAAAGAUGUUGGGAGGAUCGAGUUCACUCAAUGUUAUGAUAUAUUGUAGAGGAAAUGCGGACGAUUACGACAAUUGGAAGAGGCUCGGAAAUCCGACAUGGGAAUUCGAGAACGUCUUGGAAUAUUUCAAGAAAUCAGAGGAAAAUCACGAUCCGGAAAUCGCUGACGCUUUCGGGGGAUUUUAUCAUUCCAAAGACGGAUUAAUGUCUGUGGAACUCUUCAGGAGCAAUCUGACAAUCAACAACGUAAUCAUUCAAGCAGCCCAAGAAUUGGGAUACAAAUUCAUCUUAGACAUUAACGCCAAUGAACACAUCGGAUUCACAUUCUCGCAAGGAACCAUCAGAUCAGGAGUCCGAGAAAGUACUGCCGCGGCCUUUUUGCGUCCUGCCAUGAAUCGUCCCAAUUUGCACAUCGUCAAACACGCGCACGUCACGAAACUCGAGAUUGAUAGUCAAGGAGUCGUUUCAGGAGUGUCAAUGAAGCUUCGAGGACAAACUGAAUUGAAGGCUUUUGCAAGGAAGGAAGUAAUCUUAAGUGCCGGAGCCAUAAAUUCCCCGCAAAUUCUCAUGUUUUCCGGAAUCGGACCUGCUUCUCAUCUCCAAGAAAUGGAAAUUCCAGUAAUUCAAAGUCUUCAGGUCGGAAAGAAUUUGCAGGAUCAUCCGUGUAUACCAUUUUUAGUCAAAUUGAAUGAAUCCAAUGCCACAAAAUUUAGUCCAAUUGAUCUGAUGAGUAGUUACUCGACGUAUUUAACUGAGCAAAGAGGAGAUUUCGCUACAGUCGGUAGUUUCGAAACUAUUGGUUAUGUAAAUGUUGAUGAUCCUCUCUCAAAGUAUCCAAAUUUCCAAUAUUAUCAACUGUUUGUCCAUAAAGGAGAUAUCGACACUAUUUCAGGAGGUUUAAGAGGAUUUGGAUUUGGUGAAGAUGUUAUAAAUUUUGGUAGGAAAGAAAUUCAAACCUCAAAUAUAUUUUUUGUACUGUUGAUGCAUUUAUCACCCGAAUCAAAAGGAAAAAUUCAACUACGAAGUACUAAUCCUGAUAUAAAACCUGAAAUUAUUCCCAACUUUUUAGCCGAAUCCUCUGAUCUUGCAUCUUUUAUCAAUGCAGUUCGAUUAUAUAACAAAUUAUUAUCGACAAAAACAUAUCGAUUGAAUGAAGCAACGCUGAGAACGUUUCCAAUUCCAGAAUGCGAUAGGCUAAAAUUUAACAGCAAUAAAUAUUGGGAAUGUUACUUUCAAUAUACCGUGCGAACAGUAUUCCAUCCUGUGGGAACUGUUAAGAUGGGUCCCAAUUCAGAUCCUGACGCUGUUGUUGAUCACACACUAAGAGUCAAAGGCGUUAAAGGCUUGCGAGUCAUUGACGCAAGCAUAAUGCCAAGAAUUCCCAGGGGCAACACCAAUGCGCCAACAAUUAUGAUUGGUGAAAAAGGAGCUGAUUUUAUAAAGCUAGAUUGGAAAUUUUGA